UACAUCCUGAAGCUGCAAGCUGUUAGCAUCGUGGAGCUAAAUUAUCUCCAAAUGACGGCUCUUUUUGUCCUAGCAAAGAUUAGUACUAAACAGCUUUAUUUACCAACAACAUUCUGACAUGUUACCAAGACGGCUAGUUUGGUUGUUAGCUGUAGCUGCGUUAGAAACGGUUAGCGGCUAACAGCUGUGUAGCUCAGCAGCUUUAGUGCAGUAUGUUUGAUUCUUUCCAACUGGUGUGAGCUGCAGGGAGGUAAAGUACAGCCUGUCUGAACGCAUUUGUCAUUUCAUCAAUACAGUUUCGAGCUAAUAUUUUGCUUUUUACGGACUAUAUUUUAGCUACAAUCAGCUUUAGCGUCCCCUUAGCCAGCUGUUAGCUUUAGGUAGCUAAAGUUAGUCACACUUUGUUUCAAUGCUGCUGCUGAGCUUCAGCUUCAAGUCAACAGCCGUGAGCUGCAGGGAGGUACAGCACAGUCUGUCUCUAUGCAUUUGUCAUUUCUGGAGAGAGUUUUGGGCUAAUAUUUUAUUUCUUCGGGGCUGUAUUUUAGAUACAGGUAACUUUAGCGUCCCAUUAGCUAGCCAGCUGUUAGCUGCAGGUAGCUAAAGUUUGUUACACUUGUGGUUCAUGCUGCUGCUAAAGCUAAGCUUCAUGUCAACAGAUGUGAGUUGCACAGAGGUCAGAAGACAUGUUCUCAUUUCUAGAGAAAGUUCUGGGUUAAUGUUUUGUUUUUUAGUGCUGUCUAUUAGCUACAGUUAGCUUUAACGUCUCCUUGGCUAGCUCAGGUAGCUAAAGUUUGUCAAACUUGUGCUUCACACUCCUGCUGAGCCUCAGCUUCAUGUCAAAAGGUGUGAGCUAUUAUAUUUUUCCUUAUUUUUAACUCAUAUAUUGGCUCCAGUUCAGCUAAAGUUUGUGAAGUGUGUCAUGGUCCUCGGCCGUGUCCUGCUGAGCCUCAGUUCCAAGUAUUUGAAAAGUUUACAGAGAGUACAUGUAGUAUCAGUCAGGAGGCUGCAUCCAUUAGCCACCUGUCACCUGCAGAAAGCCCAGGCAUCUGCACACCUGUUCAGGCUUCAGGCUGCAGCAGAAUCCUCUGUGCGUCUGCUGACAGUGUCUGACAUGCAGCCGGCCUGUGUUUCUUAUGGAAGAGAGACUGCUGGGGUUGUUUUUGACGACGAUGAUGAUGAUGAAGGCGGAGGUGAAACCCUGGUUGGACGAGAGGAGAAACGAGAGGAAGACGAGGAGGUGAUGAAGGUGAGCCCGGUGAAGUCGAUCGACAUGGAGAUCCAGAAAGCCUCGUCUGUUUGUGCAGCUGCUUCAGGAUCAGAUGAGAAGACGACAAAGAGGAAGACGAGGAGAGAGAAGAGGAAGCUGAUGAAGAAAAAGCUCAAGUCUCCUGAUACUUCUGAGAAUUUAAUGUCUGAGCUUCCGUUUGCUCUGACCAGCCCCACCACAUGGAAAGCUCUGGGGUUCCCAAACCCAGAGUCGACCCAGAAAAAGAAGAAGAGGAAGCGAGGAGACAGCGGAGGGCUGCUGGACAGUGAAGAGGACGGAGACAAGAAGAAGAAAAAGAAAGAAAACCAGCGACCAAACUACUUUGUGUCCAUCCCCAUCACCAACACCCAGAUAAGCUCAGCGGUGACGGAGGUCCAGGAGGCGAUUCUGCAGCAGGAGCCCCGUCUGGCCAAAGCCAUGAUCCCCGUCCCGACUCUCCACAUCACGCUGCUGGUCACUCACCUGGCCGAUCAGGAGCAAGUAGACCUGGCGGCCGCCGUCCUGGCUCAGGUCGAGCCGUCGCUGGCCGAGCUGCUGGGUGGGAGGGACCUGGUGCUGCCCUUCUCUGGGAUCAGCCACUUCAGGAAGGAGGUGGUGUUUGUAGGACUGACGGCCGGACGGCACCGAACCACUCUGGACAGCCUGGCAGAGUUGUUGCAGAGGCGUUUUGAGGAGCAGGGUCUUCUACAGGGAAACAGUCGUGGGUUUGAACCCCACCUCACCAUUAUGAAGCUGUCCAGAGCGUCCAAGCUACGAUCACAGGGUAUAAAGCGAGUGGAUCCGGCUCUUUACUCCAACUACACUAACAAAUUUUUCGGAGACCAGACGGUGGAGCGAGUGGAUCUGUGUUCUAUGUUGAAGAAGAAGCAACCAGAUGGAUAUUACCACACUGAGACUUCACUUCAACUCGAUUUGGCUCAGAGUCCACUCCAUGCAAAACGCUCAAGUGGGCGUCGCCGGUCUGAGCCUGACGAGGCGGAGCUCCUGAGGGUCAGCAGGCGAUUGGUCGAGGACGCAGUCAACCGCGCCUUGCAACAGUACAAACAGGAAACACUUCAAAAUGGGGGCGGGCCUAACGCGGCGGCGCCCGGGAACACCGAGGACGCCGCCGCAAAGACAGACACUACAGCUAACGCCACCGCCGACAACAGGAAGUGAUGUCACCAGAUUGAGCCGCAGAGACUGAGAAACCAGCAGCCCAGAAAACCUCCUGGAGAACCAGGAGAGGAGUCAGUAGAACCUGGGCAUGAAACCAGCCAACCAGUUAGCUCCCAGCGCUGACCAGAUAACCACCACAGCUAGCCGGCCAUGCUAGCUACCUGCCCACCUGAGCUAGCCUGCCACAGCGCUAGCUAAAUAGUAAAUGUAGCUCGAGAUCAACUGUAGGUGAAAACAGGUUACUAAGUCUGCUGUCCUACAUGUAACAGCAGGAAAACAUCUCCAGAGACUCAUGUAGGCUUCACUGUGACCUGAAACUCUGAUCUCUUAUGUUUUUCUAGACGGUUUGUUUACCAUCACCUGCUCUUAAAACCUUAAUUUCCCCUUCAAAAUAGCUUCAGGUGAAGAAAAUAUUUGACCUUCCUCUGAGCUUCUUAUUGCUUUGUUCACAGACGGGAGAUCACUGAUGUGUUCAUGUUUGCGGCUGAAGAGGAUGAAUGAGCUGGUCUGACGGUCUGUGCACGCUUCUCUUCAACUUCUUUAGCCCUCUGAACCAUAAGUAGUAGCUUCUGGGUGCUUUUUUUUUCACUUUUCCUCACUGUUGGCUCAUUUUUCUCUGCAAUAUAAAGUCUGUGGAAACAGAACAACCAUGAAGAAGAAGAGAGAACUCAGAGAGAACUGUUAUACCAUAAAGAAGAGAAAAAAAUGUAAUUUAUUUCAGUAUUUAAAUAGAGGCUCUACAUACUAUGAAUAUUUGACUAUUUAAAUUUUAUUUGUUUUCAGACUCAAAACUCUGAAUUUUUGUCGUGGCUUCUCAGUUGUGCCAAGGAGCUCAGAUUUUUUUUGUGUUUUACAGAAUCUAGUUCGAGCCAACAUUUUAUUUUUGGAGUAUUAUUAAACGCUGCGCCACACGUGGUUAGUUCAAAGACCGCUGGAGAGCUGAAAAUCCAACUGUUUUUAAAGUUUCUGGCUGUUUUUCUUUAAAAGAUAUCGUUCCUUAAUACCCGCCGGCACGUUUUGUGGUUCAGAGGGUUAAACUUCCUGCAUUUUAUUUUAUAAUUAAGAUGUUUAAGGUUUUUCUGAUCCCCAGCUGUGCUUCAUAGGAAAAUAGCGGUUCAUUUCAACCUGCUGUUUUUACCAUUAAUGUGUCUUUAAGUAUCAUGUUAAUUUGCACUGGUGUUGAAAGUGAGGAAAACUGCGAUUGGCCUGAUUUCCUUUUACAUGAAUUAUUUAAAAUGUUCAGUCUGACUGAAAGGAAACACAGAAAUUAGUCAUCUGGAACAGACAUUUUUCUAACUGUUAUUUUUUCCUGAGCCUAUGCAGAGCUGAACAUUUGGUCUUUCCUUCAGUUCAGAGCUGCAGCUUCAUUGGACUUAAAGGUGUUGUUUUAAUGUCUUUAUAAAAGAAUUAAUGAACUUCCUGGAAGAGAAAAGAAAAGUUCUGAUGUACGAAACAUUUACAAUUUAAUUAUAGCUUUCCUGAUUUAUCACAAUUCCUUUCCUCAUUUCCUCUUAGAUGAGCAAAGUUUGUUUGUCUCUUCUUCUUUUAGGUUUUCUAGCUGCUGGCAAACAGCUGAUUUUGCUUUCUGACUAUUUCUACUCUGUUUGUUGCAGCUAACAUCGCCUCUAGCGCCACCAUCUGGUGACACUCAACAGCUGGGUUUAUUCACUGUAAAGCAGAUAAUGGAAAAUAGAAGAAUUAGUGUUUUUGUUUUACAAAAUUUCAGAAGUUUGCUUCAAAUUUGAUCAAAUGAAACGUGUGCAGUGUUCAUAUAUACAAGGCAGUUUAUCCAGUUAGUGGAAACAAGACAAAUUUGCAUUUUCAUUAUCAAGUUUAUCUUCAAAUUAACUUGACAAUUACAUAAAAUAUGAUUUUUUUGCUUUCACAGAGGAAAAAAAACCUGCACAAAUACAAUUUGAAAAAUGUCUGUUUUCUACGUCUCUUUUCUGUUUUUAACAUCAGUCAGACUGAAGAUCUAAAAUAAUUCAUGUAAAAAUCAGCUUUUAUUGCAACACUGAAGGGAGCUCAUGAUGAUUAAACCGCUAAACUCUGUUUCCUUUCAUUUCUACAAUAGAAUUGAAGAGUGUAAAGUCAGCAUCACAUUUAGACACAAUUGAAAUACUGAUAAAUGCAGCAGGUUGAAAUAAUGAUAAACUGCUGUUGCAUUAAUAACCAGAGAGUCCUGCAGAAGCAGCACUGAGACAAUCAACACUCUGGAUCACAUCAAUGAUUCAUUUGAACACUAACAAACUUAAUGAAGCUGUUAGUGUGUUUCAGAGGAUUUAAAAAAAUUCAAGUAUUAGAAGUACAGCACACUAAGAGUUGCCAAGAAAACUUGUCUCCUGAAAACUGGUCGAUUUUUAAGCUGUUUUUAUGACUUCACACAAGCGUUUAAUUCAUAUUUCACUUUCCAGGCUGAAGUUUUCUGUUUUGUUUUUGCUGAUUUGACUGAAUUUAUUAUUUAUGUGGCACUUAAAUCCACUUAUGACCUGUCUGGGUUAAAGUUUGUGAAGGUAUUUGUCUUCUCUCUGCAGUACUGUACGUUUGACAGCAGUUAAAGCCAAGCAGGAGGUUCAGACAAUCGCUGCUGUCAGCUGAAAACCCUCCGAUAUGUAAUUAUCAGCGUCUUCCAUCCUAUUUUUCUUUCAUUUUCAAGAAUAAAAUUAGCCUUUUUUGCAUCCUACAGCUCAUAAAAUCCAUCAUAAAGGGGUUUUCAACUGACGGUAAAGUGAUGAUGAAGGUGAUCUUUUUUAUUUUUUUGCUUAUUUGCUAGAUUCCCUGGUAGAAUUUCAAAAAAACAAACAAUGAAGAUGAGAGUAAAAGUUUGCACCUUGAAGGUCUGAAAAAGCACAAAACUUUUCUGUUUGUAGUAGAUUUGUUAGAGCAGGUAAAUACUGUAAAACACAUGCUGUUAAAUCAAAUCACCUCCGUUCAAAGUGGCCUUUAGUCACUGAAAACAACAAACGUGAUUCUCGUUGUUUUUUUUCCUGUAAGUGCUUCAGGUGUAUUUUUAUCCGGUUUCAAAGAUCAUUUCUGCUGUGAGAUUUGCCAAAGUCUGUUAAAUGUCGACGUGUGGCUAAAGGCUAAAGACGCCGCCAUAAAACAGAAUCCGCGCUGUUUGUUUUAGUUUCCCUUCAGCUCAGCUCAGGCUGUUAAAGCCACUCUGAUCCCUGUGAAAUCCACCUGAAGUCUCUCCGCUUCAGGCUUAUCAAAACACCAACAACAGGUGGAUUCUGUCUUAAGGUGGACUUUGAACGUUUCUGUCUCGCUCUCUUAUUGUCACCGGAUCCUUAAUCUCCUUAAAUCCCCUUUAAUACACCACAAGUUGUCCUGUUGUGCGUCUGAAAGUGUGUGCUUGUGUGUUUGGUUGCCCUGAGAAAAUCCCAACAACACGAAACGUCGUCCUUUGUGUUCGUCUUUGUGUGCGUCCGACUGCGGGUGUGUCUUUGUACUGCGUUGUGUAUCUCGUUCUGCCAUAUUUGAACAAUAAAACAGGAUAUGAGAUUCAAAACCAA